UUAGCAGCCACACUGGGAGGAUAAGGACUCUUUUGUAGCUGCCGGAGCUACAGGCAGUAUGCAAAAGGUGUCUGAAAGUCCUAGAGAGAGAGAGAGACAUAGUCAGGAGCAGCAUCUGUGACCUUCCUUGAUAAACGGUAGCUUCGCUUCUUUAUGUAGCUAAACUUCAAGAAGCCACUGUUCCUGCAAUCCAUUCUCUGGUUUGGGUUUCAGAACAGAAUCGCAUGCAUGACACUCCGAAAAGGAGAGAAAAUGACCAUUAGCAUCCAGGAGCAUAUGGCUAUUGACGUGUGCCCAGGUCCAAUCAAGCCAAUCAAACAAAUUUCCGAUUAUUUUCCCCGAUUCCCCCGUGGUAUUCCUGCAACUGUUAGCCGCAGUAACUCCCUGAAGUCUAACGUGAGCCAGCCUUCUGUUAGUCCUUCUGAAAGUUCCAGAGAGGAAGAAGAGGACGUGGACAAGUUAUUUGGAGCUUAUGGAGCAGCUUCUACUACACCUGCCAAGCACGACGAAGAAGUCGACCUGGAUGGAUAUGACUCUGAUGAUUGCACCACCCUGGGGACACUGGAUUUUAGCUUGCUGUACGAUCAAGAAAACAAUGCUCUGCACUGCACAAUCAAUAAAGCCAAGGGCCUAAAGCCAAUGGACCACAAUGGACUUGCUGAUCCUUAUGUUAAAUUACACUUACUUCCUGGUGCUAGUAAGGCAAAUAAGUUAAGAACAAAAACUUUACGGAAUACACUGAAUCCUACAUGGAAUGAAACUUUAACUUACUAUGGAAUCACAGAUGAAGAUAUGAUUCGUAAAACUCUGAGAAUUUCUGUAUGUGAUGAGGAUAAAUUCCGCCACAACGAAUUUAUUGGAGAGACAAGAAUUCCUUUGAAAAAACUGAAACCUAACCAAACCAAAAACUUUAGCAUCUGUCUAGAGAAACAACUACCAAUAGAUAAAACAGAAGACAAGUCUUUGGAAGAACGUGGGCGAAUUCUUAUAUCCUUAAAGUACAGCUCCCAAAAGUCAGGACUCUUGGUAGGAAUCAUUCGAUGUGCUCAUCUGGCAGCAAUGGAUGCAAAUGGGUACUCAGAUCCCUAUGUAAAAACAUACUUAAAACCAGAUGAAGAUAAAAAAUCUAAACACAAGACAGCUGUGAAAAAGAAGACUUUAAAUCCAGAGUUCAAUGAGGAAUUUUGCUAUGAAAUAAAACACAGUGACCUUGCAAAAAAGACUUUAGAAGUUACAGUCUGGGAUUAUGAUAUAGGAAAAUCAAAUGAUUUUAUAGGAGGAGUUGUUUUGGGAAUAAAUGCAAAAGGAGAACGUCUUAAACACUGGUUCGAUUGCCUGAAAAACAAAGACAAGAAAAUUGAACGUUGGCACACGUUAACGAACGAGCUGCCAGGAGCUGUUCUCAGUGACUGACAAGAAUCUCCCAUUUCUGUGUUGUGAUAGCACAGCUGUGAAGGAACAAGACACAAGUUAUGCCUUUGCCUUUACCACAGUUAACAGUUUAUAGCGGAAGGAAUUGGCAGGAGGACAUUUGUUUUCCCCAUGGAUCGAUUUUGUUCCUCAUGUUACAGUUGUUCCAAUAAGGUUAACAGUCUUCAGACAGUAUAUGUAAAAGGAUAGAAGCUCCAGAUUGAUGGUGCACCUUUCAGAACUAUAAUACUUACAUAUAUCAGGGUUCAUGCCUUGACUUUACAACAACAAAAAAUAAAGGUUCAGAACUACCUAUUUAUAGAUAGGUCAUCAUUGUAUUCAGAGUGAGGUCAUUCACAGUUAUAAUACAAUAUAAUAUAAUACUUGGUUUUAACUGUAGGCUACCUUUCUCUUAAUAUGAAUCUACUUUAUCACAUUUUAUUUCUGGAGUGAUCAGCAGACUUAUGCACUGUAGUUAUUGUUUCAUGUUUUUUUUUCACAUAUUCUAGUCAUUGCUGAGCUACAAUUGCCAUCAUCUUCAGCCAGGCUAUGGUUUAUCAACAACUGGCUAAGAGUCGUGGGAUUUGUAAUGCAGCAACACGUGGAGCUAGCACUGAAAGUUUCUGUUUAAGAGUUGUAUGUGGCUGGUUGGUUUUGUUGUUGUUCAUGUAUUCGAUUUUUGUCUUUUUUUAUAUUAUUGAUUAUGGAGCUAUGUGCAGUUUGCCUCGUGUAUGUCUGCAAGACAGGGCAUAAUCAUUUCAAAAGCACUACGUUAAAUGUCAAAAAAUGAAGGUAAAAAAUGUACUUUUUGUUAAAUUAAUUUUUUGUUAACGUGGCGGGCAAACUGCGAAGUUUUUAUGCAAACAUAUGUACACCAUUCCAUGCCUUGAUAGGACUAUUUAAAAUUGCAUGUUUUAUUUGUUUCAGAGCUUUAGUUAUUGGGUAAAGAAAACGUUUGUUUUUUUUAUCAAACUGAAUGAAGCACCAACUCAGUAGCAAGCCCCACAAUUCUUGAACUCUUGCUAAGCAGAAAAAGACCAUUCUAAUAGCAGUGUAC